UAAAUCUACGGCAAGUCAUCAGGGUCAACGCAGCCAAAACACUUCCGAAACCCACGCGACCGACUGUCUCUCCGAUAAUUAACAUGAGUGUUUAGUGAAGGGAUACCCUCUGUAGGAGUACAGCCAAGACAACGAGGAUGGCUCUAGAACAACUGAGUGAUGUAGUCCAGAGAUGUCAAGCCAUCCAGGAUGACAACUAUACGACUGAGGAUUAUGACGUGUUCCAGAUAGCUGGACGUACCUGUAUAGAGGAUGGAGAGAGUGCUCAGGUUCUGAGUAUCGUCGUAGAUGAGGAAAAUAAGAACAUAGUGAGAUGUAUGGGCUGGAACCUGCUGGGUCCUCUGGUUCAGAUUCUGCUGAAGAAGGAGGAAAAUAAUCUUCCUCACUGCCUCGCCAUCCUCACACACCUGCUGGAGGUUUGCAGUCCCAAGGAGCUGCUGGUUGGCUUGCUGGAGCAGGUUGAGGAGGCCCACCCUGACUCCAUCGCAGAGACCGUCAUCCUUCUGCUGCAGCCACUACAGAAAGUGUUGUUGCGGCUGGGUGGCCGGAAGGCCUCCUCGGUGGGCAUGGCUCUCUCCACUCUGCUGGGCCAGGUGGCCAGGCUGCCCGUGCCCCAGACCAAGGAGCAGGAGGAGGAUGACGUGUUCAGUCUGUGCCGCUGCUGCUCGGCCCUGCUGGUCUUCGUCAGGCCCUUCGUGGAGGAGGCCAAGCAGAGCGGGACGCCCACGCCCAAAGAGGACGAGCUGAGGACUGAGCUGCUCAAGUUCUGUAUGAAGAGUCUUUGUGAGCCUCUUCUGGAGGUGCAGCUGAAGGAUCCUGAAACCCUAGCAGAAUCUCCCCUCAGGAACUUUGCCACAGAGAUUCUGGGCAUCCUGUCGGACAUCGGGGAGUCCCUCCCUGAGCUGCUGUGCCACGGCCUGCUGAGGAGGAGAGAGGUGCCUGGGUUCCUGGAGGAAGAAGUGUGCUACCCCAAAGAGUCUCUGGCCAGUCUGGCCUACCUGCUGUUUGUCCAGCACAUUGCCAUGGAUACCUUCCCCACUGUCUUCAGCUCAGUGUUUGUUCUUCAGUGUAAUAUGGAAUACAUCAACCUCUUCUUGAGCAGAACGGAAGAAUCCAGGCUGCAGAAAGGACUGGACCUGUAUGAAAAGAGCCUAGUGAGGGUUGAGGACAACAGUCUGCCAGUCCAGCUAAUGGAGCUCAAAUCCUUCUUCAGUGUCCCUCAGAACUUGGUGAAAGUCAUGACAUUGUGUCCAAUUCAGCAUUUGAGAACUAAAGCACUAAAAGUGCUGCAGUUGAGCAUCAAUAAAUUUGACACGGAAGCCAAAUACAAAUUCUUCCAGUGCAUGCUGAAGACAAGUCACCAUGCAGGAGUAGAGGGCUACAUCAUCAAGAACAUCAAAAACCAGAUCGACUUUGCCUUAAAGCCAGAGAAGGGGAACGAGUGGUUCAUGGGGGUACACCUGCUCCCUCUCCUGCGUCAGGUGCUGUGUCUCCCCCAGGGUCCUGAGACGGACCUCCUACAGAACCUGGACAGGGUGAUGGAGUCUCUGAACCUGCUGCGCUAUCUCCUCAUCAGAGACAAAGAGUGGAAGAACCAGACGGGGAUCUGGACUGAGCUGUAUAAGAUUGAAGAGCGCUUCAUGAAGCCGCUGCGAAUGGGGUUGAACAUGUCCAAAGCCCACUACGAGGCUGAGCUCCAGAACACCAAAGACAACAGCAAGAAGACCAAUGCUAAAGCAGAAUCCCAGACCCAGGAGUCGGUGUGCUCUUUGACAGUAGGGAACGAGAAGAUGCCAAACAUGACGCCAGAGAUGCAGCUUCAGGUUCUGCACUCGGCACUGCACACGUUUGACAUGAUCGAGAGCGUCCUGGCGAGAAUAGAGGAAAUCAUCGAAGUGAAAGAGAAACCCUGAGCAGCAGUGGAACCGGGUCACAAUUUCAGUGUCGUAUUGAGGCCGUUUGCAAUGGUCUCAUAAUUGAACUCCCUCCCUGUUGCCUCUGACCUCAAGUGUAACAGCAGUCAAAAGUUAACAAAUAGAUAAGCGAACAGGUGAUCGAUAGAAAAGCGAUUUGGGUCAGUAAGCAAGCACUUUGGAUCACUUGUUUCUGGUGAACUUUCUCUGGAUUCUGACAAUGAUGCGAUUUUAAUUUUAAUUAUUUUGACAUCGUUACCCAAUUAUGUCAGGUUCAGGCAGAAUGACACCAAGACCAGCUUCUUGAAUAACUGAUUUGACUGUAAUAUAAGAUAAAGCAUGUGCAAAGCUAUGUUGUAUGUUGAGUCUUCAACUCUUUUCGAGACUGUAAAUGCUUGAUGGCAGUUAUUCAUUUUUUAAAUGUCUAAUGCAUUUGCCAUCAUUUAUUUAGUUACUUACUCAAAUGCCACUAAGUUAAUCAUGUUGAUGGAUCUUUGUUAAAGACAUUCAGUUAAUAAACUUUUGCCUUUCUAACCAUGUUGAGCAAACGUCUU